CUGGUUGGGCGAUUGUCACUUUGACAGUUCCCUGGCAUUUAUAUUCCUUGGAAGUAGGAAUUCUUCGUUUGCUUGCGUAUUUGAGAAGUGGUGACAACUUUGUGUAAUCUAAACCCGAAAAACACAUUCCGUGUACACAACACAUUUAGCAUUGACAGUUGGAAUUUCGACAUUUGGCAUUUGCAUUGCUGCCAUUUUGCCCGAUCUCGUUUGGGCUCGCGUUUUCUGUCGGCGGGGUUGCAUGCACUUGGAACAUCACAUAUACAUGUACAUACGCGCGCUCGUACACACUCCGGCCAACUAAAAAAACUAAAAUAAAUUCCCUUAAGAAAAUACACACGGAAAAGUUGGGUGAUUUGAUGAGUUUUUGUCGGUUUCGGUGUGGUUUUUUCAGGCGUCAAUCGUCAUCAAAACAAAGGCCAAGAUUUUGAGUGAAACGUGAGCGGCGCGAAAAGUGUAUCCGAAAUCCGACAAUAUUGAAAUUUGUUAGUAUUUUGUCGCUUGACGGUGGUGCCUUUGCCCCGUCGUCGUCGCAGAGUUCGGGCUGCUGGUGCGGCCGACGAGUGGUGACCUCCCUCUUGGAAAGGCCUAGCGCGGUCGCUUCCGUUCGUGGAAGGAAGCGCUGGACGCCAGUGGCCAGAAAUCCGGUGCGGUCGCGAGGUAUUCAGAGAGGAGUCGUGUUACCUGGUAAAAAGUUGGUGUUCCCGGGGCACACGCCUGCCGUGGACGGAUUUGCCAAAUCCCGCGUCCGGACAGAGAUCCAGCUGCCACAAGACUGCAAUCUGGUUGAAACAGAACUGCGGAAGCGAAGGAAAGUAUAACAACAUAUCCGAUUUCGUUGGCGCUCGCCUGUAUUUAGAAAGUGUGCCUGCGACUGGUGCGUGUUAUUUAGCCCCCAAAUAGCUGCAGUGACCGGCAGUUAAGCUUGACGGGCUCUUGCACGGAGGAGUCGUUGGAAAUUUCGAGACAGAAUGUUGCACCCGCCUCUUUGAGAGAGGCAGCUACGAUCAAACCGGCCAGGCCUACAUCGUUUAGCUUGAAAGGCGACCUCCGAAGGUAUGUUAAAUGAGCCAUCGAAUGUCAAUCGGCCAGGAAUUACCGCUAUGACCACGACGAUAUCGGGAUCGUCAGCAGCAGACAGUCAACCACAGGCAACCGAAGCAGCACCUGGAGCACUCGCAGGGGGCAAUUCGCCGGCGGCAGCAGCUUCUUCCUCCACAGCUGCUUCCGUAGGCGGCACUUCAUUGAUCAUGACCACUUCUGCACCGCCGCUUGGCUCUGUACAGGGCGCCAAUAACAGUGCCAGCACCGUGGCCAACAUUUCCAGUUCGGUGGUAGGAUGUAAUUUGUCCUCGUCGUCAUCUUCAUCCUCGUCUUCGUCUUCAUCAUCGUCGUCGUCCUCAUCGCCUCAACCGCACAUAAGCGCGACAUCGGCCGGUCCCGUUGCACUGGGGCAAUCUACGGGUCAGACUCCCGUCACAUCGCUAGCAACUCCUCCAAACUUGAAUAGCAAUAGCAUCCCAACCUCAGCAAUCUCAACGUCCCUCACGUCCGUAGGGAUACUUCCGUCUACUGCAACGGAUUGCUCCUCGGUGGCAAUGAGUAUUAAGGAUGACACCAAUCUGAUCGACAGUACACAGAGCAAACAUGAAGAUGAAUCGCCGCACAUCGUGCAGGGACCAUCUCCCGGCCUGGGCAAUAUGAAGAAGGAACCCAUUCAGCGUCUCAACUCUAACGACUCAGCAAACUCUGGCUCAAUCAUUGGCUCCACCAACACUGGAUCUUUGCAUCAUAAUAACAUUAAAAUCGAAGAUGACUUACUUCCCAAAGACGAUCUUCUCACAGACAAUCCUGCGACUAUGGGUGCAAUCGGUUCCAUGGUGAAUAUAAAAAAGGAGGAACCCGGUCCUGACCUUGUGUCCGAUGGUUUUAGUUCAUUGGGGACGGGCGGCAGUGGAGUGCCUGGAGGGACGGGCGGCGGUGGUAAUAUUAACAACUGCGGGCAUAACAAUCGAAUAUCUCCGACGGACAAUGUGCAACAUCAACAACAGCAAAUGAAUGCUAACAGUUUACUAAGCGGCGGAGGCGGCGCUGGUGGAAACAAAGGUGGUAAUGGAGGUGGUCCCACGAAUGCAAUGGAUUACAUGCAACAACAAAGGCAUAUAUUUGUCUUUUCAACACAGUUAGCGAAUAAGGGUGCAGAAUCGGUUCUUAGCGGUCAGUACUCUACUAUCAUCGCUUACCAUUGUGCGCAACCGUCAACCAAAAAAUUCCUCGAGGAGUUUUUUCACAAAAACCCAAUGAAAAUGUCGAAAUUUAAUCGGCAGAAUCCAACACAGUGGCUUAACAAUAUCUCCGGUUCGUCACCGUCGAUGAUGGGUGGCGCGGGGCUGGGGGCUGGUCCGCCUGGCGGUAUCUGUAGUGUAGGUCUGGGGGGCGUGGGUCCUCAGAAAGCAAAUAGGCAAAGUAACUCUAACGCGAACAGCGGGAACGGACAAAAUGCUAAUGGCAACGUGAACCGAAUGGUUCCAAAUGCCAAAGUGAAUCAACGAAAUGCAGCACAGCCGCGAUUGCCUGCUUUUUCUAAUGACGAUUUAUCUGGUGGCGAGUCAGAUCUCUUGCCUUGGGAGCAGGCAGCGAACCAUCUUGGCCUUGACAGUAUGAACGGCAGCACCGCAAUGAAUUCAAACCAAAAUUCAAGCGGGCCGCAGUCCACUGGCGAUCCAACCACUGCACUGGAUGUUCCGGAUCCCCUAAGUAGUGGGUCGCCUUCCUUAAAUCCUAGCCGAAGCAGCAAUCUAAUGAAUGCCACCUCGACACCGACAAGUAUGCAACCUUCGCCAACGUCAAUUGCGACUAGUGGUAUCGGGCCUACAAGUCCUAGUAUUAUGCAACCAUCACUACAAGGAGUCAAAGUCCCCAACGAAAAUUUAACUCCGCAACAGCGACAACACCGCGAGGAACAGCUCGCUAAAAUCCAGAAAAUCAACCAAUUUUUGCAAGGCGGCAUCACAUCAGACUUCGUGGGAGCUGGUGGCGAGUCCGCAGCGGAUUCAAACAAUUUGCCCUCAGUUGCAGGCCCUAAGAUACUCGGGGCAAGUUGCGCUGGAGGCCCCGGAAUGAGCAGCGGAGGACCAUCAGGUGGUUCAAUGAAUCCAUCGGGUCCAGUUGGCAUGAUAAGUCAAAUGCAGAUGAAUGCCGCCGUAGGAAACGUCCCGCCUGGAUUGCGUGGAACGAACAUGAUGAGUUUGGGGCCACGUGGCAACAUGUGCAGGUCCAUAGGUCCGAUGGGUGGAGAUCAAAUGAUGGGUAGUCCAGGUGAUAUAUCGGCAAUGCAGUGCGGGACAGGAUUGUUGCCUGGGAUGAUGGGCAAUCAGCCCGGUGGUAUGAUGGGUGGUACCAAUAUCGGAUCAUCCCAACAACAAAUGGGGUCACUCGGGCCUAUGCAUUCUUGUGGGAUAAUGGCUGCCGGGAACGGUCCAAACAAACAGAUGAUGGUUGGACCAGGACCAGCAAUGAUGGAGUGGAACAAGCUUCAACAUCAAUUCUAUGAAGAUAGAAAAGAUCCCUUUGGUGGUAUGCCUGGGCGACAAAUGGCAGGUAGCGGUAAUACCGGCUCAAAUCGACCAAACCACCACCAGCAGGGCCCGCCGGGUGGUAAUUCUCGAUCUCAAGGCCCACCCCCGCCAUAUCAUCAGACUCAGCGGUCUGCAUCAGUUCCAAUAGCUACGCAAAGUCCGAAUCCCGGUUCCCCCAACAAUCCCACAUCGAAUCUCUCUCUCCCGUCACCACGGGAUGCGGGCUCGACACUUAACUCACCGGCGGCUGAUCAUGGAAUGACCCAGCCAUCAUUGGCUACACCGGGUGGCGGCGGUGGGAACGGUCCCGCAUCUGUACCAACUUCUGGUCAAUCGCAAAAUCAAGUCGCUAACAACCGACAACUGCCAUAUAAACAAGAUUCACCAGCAAACAACGCGGCGAAUACACCCACCUCAUCGGCGGGACCCGCGCCCAGCGCAACUAGAUCUUUAAGUCAACAUAAUAGCAAUCCCAGCACGCCAAUAUCGUCGCAUCUAUCACCCAACGCUAGUCUGAAGGACCUCGACUUGGGCAAUUCGCAAGGAAAGGAACCAAAUUUGAUGCCAGUGCCAUCUCCACAACAAAUUCAAUAUCUUAACACAUUUGAAGGGCAGGAGUUGACAAUCCAAAAGCAGCCAAACACCACAAUAAAGGAUGGAAGCAUUAUAUCACCACCGGGUGCAACGAAUUCGGAUCAUCGGUUAUCAGCGAAUACAACACCUUCAGGGUUAGAUAGUCGAUUCAAUAACACAUCCGCAACGGGUGGCAGCGGCAACGGACCGGGUAGUUCUAGUUCUGGAGGCGUGACGGCUGUGGGCGGCAAUCCAGGUGGAAACCCCAGCGGACCAGCUUCGGGAUUUCCAUUGCUACCCAGUCCACAAACCCCAAAUGCAGCCUCUACGUCUAAUGCGUCACAAAACGCGUUUUUCUGUGAGAAUGACAAAGUACGUGGUCCAGGAGGCAAUAGCGGAAGUGGUGGAGCGGGGCCCAGUCCGCAAGGGUCACGAACGCCGUCGAUAAGUGAAGUAGACUCCGUACGGUUUCCUCCUGUUAGUCCUGGGAUGAGCUUUCCCACGACUGGUAAUAAUUCUAAUCAGUCAAUAAUGAAAAUGGGUGGCGGGGGGAGCACUUUUCUCGAGAGUUCAAAAUGUUCAACGACGUCCAGCAACGAAAUACCAACCAGUGGAAGCUUUUCUGCACGAGUCGAUAAUCUACCACUCAAUCCGAACAGUAGUUGUCAGACGCCGGCGAAAACAUCGCACUUUGAUCCAAUCUCGUCACUUGCCCAAAUGUCACAACAACUUACAAGCAAUGUACCCACUUCGAUGAAUGGCGGCGGAGGACCGCCGGCUGGCGCGGGUCCAGGUUCUGGGGGUGGUCCUGGAGGUGGCGGUGCUGGUGGUCCCAACGUUAUGAUGAACACUUUCCAGAACCAUGGAGGUAUGGGUCUUGUAGGCAAUGAUAUGUCUAUGGGUGGUGGUCACCAUCACGUUGUCGAAGGAUUAAUGACUGGAAUGGACCCAUGCGGAGGGAUGAUGGGAUCCGGUCCUACAGGUAUGGGGCAGUAUGGAAUGCAUGCUGCCAACGGAGGCGCAGGUGUCAACAGCUCUGUAAGUGGAAUGCCAAUGGGCCUGAUGGGUGGACCACGUUCAAUCUCCCCUAAAUUAGGAAUAAUGCCAGGUUUCGGGCCGGGUGGUCCUGGGAUACCUCCACAUCAUCGAAUGAUCGGACGAGCACCGUUGGGUGGAAACCCUUAUGGAAAUGGCGCAAAUAUUCAAGUCAAAGCUAGCACACCGAAUACUAUUCAGUAUUUGCCAGCGAGGCCCCAAGUCGGUGGGACGAGCCACCCACGAGGUCCGCCCAGUUUGGAGUUUCUGCGCUUUUCUAAUCCAAUGUCUUCAAUAGAUGGCGUAGUCGGUGGUCCCAACAAAGGACAAUCCAUGCCUUUCUAUUCCAAUUGCAAUCAAAUGAGUGGCUCUAUGGGGAUGAACCAUAUGGACGGCGGUAACGGAGGACCCGACGGGCUAAUGGGCAUAGGAGGAAUGGGCGGCCCACAAGGAGGCGGACCCAUGAUGGGCCAGAAUAUGUUAAUGCGGGGGCUACGACCGCCCGGACAAGGUGCUAUGAUUCGAAUGUCCGGUGCCCCACUCUUGGGUGGUGGCGGCGCAGGGGCCGGUCAUAAUCACCCAUUCAAUAACGGCCCUCCUAGCUCGGAUCCGUCCAUGUUUGGACCGGGUGCUCAUCAGAUGUUCGGCGGACCCAAAGGCGGUCCUGGUGGAGGGCAAAUGAUGCCAGGUCCUGGCGGACCACCCGAUGCAUCACAACCGCUUCCGCCAUCGAUGGGCGGUGCACAGGGACCCGGCGGAAGUGGACCGGGAGGCAAUAGUGCUGGCGGGCCCGGCGGAUUCAAAUCACAAUUUGUUGGACCAUCAACAGCAGACCCAAAUUACGCCCAACAGUAUCAUAAUUUUCAACAGCAACUCUAUGCAACAUCAACGCGUAGCCAAUUAAAUCAGCAACCAGGCGGAGGAGGACCCAACAACCCCAACCAGUCGUUUUUCGUGCCCAAGUAAUCCACAAAUUCGUUUCGACGCAGUUCUCGCACCUAAAGUACCAACCGCUACUUUUGCACCUGCAAGAUGUCAAGAGGAAUUCAAUCCCUGAAAAGCAAUGUUUGCCCUGUGCUCUUCGUAUUUUUCGAUGCGGGGGCGGGACGUGAUCUACAUUUAAUCAUUUCCGCUUGCUCGUCGUUGGGAAAAUCUAGAAUUUGGUCCUCCUGAACGGAUGUUGAAAAACGGUUGGUGUGGUGCCGAGAGAUUGGAAUGCUAAGGUCAUUGCGGAACCCACGCAGCGCAAAAUAUAAAUCUUAUAGAGCAGGACUGUAAUUUAUUUUAUUUUUGAUAAGACUCGAUUGUUAGUUGAAAAGGAUGAUUAGGGGAGGAGCGACGACGAAAUAACAAAAGUAACAAGUAAUAAUUUAAGGACGCUGAGAAGGAAGCAACAAAAAACCCAUGAUAAAUAGUUUAGGCUUAAGGUGAAAAUAUUAGACGAUUUAAGGAUAAUUCUUUCUGAAACAAAGCUGAUGAGAAAAACAGAAUUAAGAGAAAAAUUACGUUAGUAGGGAAUAGAAGAAAGAAUGAGCGCGAGUAUGAUCGAUCGUAAAUAUAAAUUAAAGUCUAAAAAUAAAGCAAAUUGAGAUGAUACAGAUAAAAAAUGAAAUGUAAUAAUUAUAAUUAAAAAAAAUUGAAAAUAUGAUGUU